UGGGAUUAUCACGUGACCUAGGUUUUCAUAUAAGCACUGUCUGACCAUAGAGGGGGCCUCUGUGCAGACGUGGAAGUUGGUGAGUGACCAGCUACUGAAGCAAGAGCAGAAAAUAACGAGUUUUUACAAUGGCAGCCUCUAUGUGCUUAACUGUGUGUGUCUGCUUGCUUUUGUUACCUGGUGUCAAAGCUGUCUGUAUUCCCGCCAUCGCCGACAUCGUGUGCGUCAUCGACUCUUCAGCCAGCAUCGGCGUCGACAACUACCAGAGUCAGAUGCAGUUUGUGGCCGACCUUGCGUCACAGUUCCCCAUCGGCCCGAGCGCUGUACAGUUUGGUGCAGUCGUGUUCAGCGACUACCCCAAUAAGUUGUUUGACCUGAAGGACCUACAAGAUUCGGCCUCUAUCGCACAGGCUUUGAAAACUGCUCCCUAUAUGAAAGGCCUGACAUUCAUAGACAGGGCCCUGAACUUAGUCGUCGACACACAAAUGUUCAGCGUUCCGGCAGGGGAGAGAAUCCAAGCCCCCAACAUCAUGCUCUUGAUGACAGACGGCGUAUCCAACAAUAACACAGCGACUCUCGAGGCGGCCCAGCGCCUGAAGGCCCAGGGCGUGCAGAUCAUUGCCAUCGGUAUAGGCCUGUCGUCUGAUGCUGAGCUGCAAGCCAUCGCCGGCGGUCCUCAAAAUGUGUUCCGUUCCCCCUCGUUCGUCGACCUCAAGACCAUUGAGCUACAGGUGGAGCAGCGUUUGUGUCAGGCUCUAGGAAACUGUGAAGAGAGUAACUACGGAUGCUGCUAUGAUGGCAAAUCUUUUGCUCUUGGUCCCAACAAAGCUGGCUGUGGUAAGUCAGAGAUUCAAAUAAUAUGGUGCUGA